AUGGCUGCUUCCAGCAACUGCUCAAUUCUUUUCAUGAUCAUAGCAUUAUUGUCCUUAUCAAGCAUAUCCACAAGUUAUGCUGCUCGCGGCCUACUGCAACUUCCCAACUUGCCUACAAUCCCAACAUUGCCUCAACCAACAAUGCCACAAUUGCCCAAUAUUCCCAAUUUGCCAACACUUCCAACAGCUAAUUCACCAUUGCCUUCUUUGCCUACAUUGCCCUCUGUACCAAAAAUGACCAUGCCACCAAUGCCUACCAAUAUUCCUCAGCCCAACAUGCCAUCACUUCCAACUAUUCCCACAAUUCCAAACAUGCCUACACUCUCACCUCCUCCAUCAAACUAA